AAGUCGGAGGGAGUGAGGGGGACGGCGGGGCCCAGUCUGGAGCCCGAGGCCGCCGUCGGUCAUAAAGCUCAAUGUGCCCAGUUACCGAUACAAAAAGCGCCCCGACGUGCAAUGAGGGCUUUCCAGCGGGAGUUGUGGCGUGAGAGGGUCGCGGGCUGAAAACCGAGAGGUGUCUCAGUGAGGGACACAGGGUGCCGGGAAAGGAGUGCAGUAUGGAUGGAAUGGAAUCAAGUAAUGAAGAAAAUUGCUCAAACACCACAGCUGUUAAAGUCAACUCUGCUGAAACCAGUUGUUUAGCAGAAGAUGAUGAAGCUGAUCCAUCUGCAUCUCACGACUCUUCAAAACAAAAGGAAGCACCAGAGACUAUCUUGAAAGAAGUAUCCAAGGAACCGUGCAGCUUGGAGCAGAAGCUCUGUGUUUUUUGUAACUGUGGAGCGAAGAGUUUACAUGGACAAAGAGAACUUGAGCGAUUCGAUCCUUCAGAUGCUUUGGGUGAACUUGGAAAUGGAGAAUCUAACAAAGCAGAUGAGACCAGUCCAGCUUCAAGGCGUAAGAGUGCUUCAGGAUUGGAGGAGCUCUCGGAUGAGCUCUCUCAUGUGGGCUUUGAGGAACAUACAACAGUGACGCUCCUUGAACCAACAGGUCACUUCUGGGCUCAUCAUUGGUGUGCGGCCUGGUCAGAUGGUGUUGAAAAGAAUGAGGGGCAAAGACUGGUUAAUGUGGACAAAGCAGUAAUCUUGGGUAACUCACAGAAAUGUGAAUAUUGUAAACGGUUGGGAGCUACCAUCCGGUGCCAGAUGGAGGGAUGUUUAAGAGCGUACCAUUUCCCCUGUGCUGCAGCGUCUGGUUCCUUUCAGUCAAUGAAGACCUUGACUCUACUGUGUUCAGAACAUGCAGAUAAAGCUGUACAGAUAGCAAAGGAGGAGGCAAAUUGUGGCGUGUGUGAUGCGCCAGGGGAUCUUCUGGACCUCCUCUUCUGUACCAGUUGUGGAUUGCACUUUCAUGGUGCGUGUCUGGAAAUAGUAGUGACGCCGGUUAAACGUGCUGGCUGGCAGUGCCCUGAGUGUAAAGUAUGCCAGACCUGCAGGCAGCCUGGUGCAGACACGAUGAUGCUUGUGUGUGAUGAGUGUGACAAGGGCUAUCACACGUUUUGUUUGAAACCGGCAAUGGAAUCGCUGCCUACGGAUAGCUGGAAAUGCAAGAAUUGUCGGGUGUGCAGCGAAUGUGGUUCGAGGUCUGCAGGGAAGCCUCCGAGUGCCCAGUGGCAUCGGAACUAUUCGGUGUGCGAUAAAUGUUACUGGCAAAAGAACCGAGACGGUGCCACGUGCACAAUAUGCGGAAAGGCAGGCGGGCAAACAGACGACACACUGCACUGCCAUGUCUGCCAAAAGUGGAUUCAUGCAGACUGUGAUUCCUCAUCUCUCCAUUUAUUAGGACAGCAAUAUACCUGUACAUCAUGUAAAAACGCAGCACAAAAAAAUACAGACCAUUCAACUUCUGAGCAGGCGGAGGAGAAAGAAUCAGAACCUGAGUCAGCAGAUAGCUUGGGGAAAACAGAAGAACUAUCAAAAUGCACUGAAAAGCAAAGCGAGGAUUCAGAACCUGCAGAACAAGCGAUGGAAGAUGUUCCUCAAGACUCCUGUCAGAAGGAAGAGGAGCCCAUUGACACCAAAACCAGUGUGGAAGCCGAGAUUCCAGAGCAGCAAAAAUCCGAAGAAGUCAGUACAGAGGAACAAGUGGGAACUCAGUCCCAUGAUUCUAUUUUGGAAGAUGGCGUCAAAGACUCUGGAGUCAGAGACUCUGAAUCGGCGAAAGAAUUCAAAGCUGAGAAAGCUGAAGAUGAAUUGCAAUCUUCUCAUAGCGCAGAGAUUCAUCUAACUCCUGAAAGCAGGGCAGACUCUCCCAAAUGCGAGAGCAUUGAACAUUCUGAGGACUCGCCUUGUACAGAAAAAGAACCACCAGAAUGUUUGAGUUUGGAUCCUACAGAUGGACAGGAAAACUCGGUGCGGAAGGACAUAGUUGAGAGCCCCAACUCUGUCUCAGACCAGAUAGAGACUGGUGAGGUUUCUGCAGAAAAUUGUGCAAAAAGUCCAACUGGUUCCUUGCCAGAGCAGUUGCAAACCAACGAUCAUGUCGCUGAUACUGACCUGAGUCAAGGUGCCCCUGGCAGUACUUCUACUGAAGCAGAGUUGGGUUGUGUCUCUUCUACCUUAAGCCAACCGGAGGAGUCUCUCAAAAUCCAGUCAGAUGAGACCGAGCUAAAUGAGAUUCCAGGCGACCCCACCUGUGAAUUGAUGGAGAGAGACGACAUCCUUCCUGAUGCCGUUUCGGAUGGGAUGGAGACGAGGGAUGAUCCCACUGAUAUGGAGAUUAAUGAUAUUCCGACCCCUAUGGAGGUUCCAUCUGCAGUAAAUAAGCUAAAAACUGAGCCAGACGCUCCAAUGGAAGUGCAGGACGUGAACUCAGACCCCGUCUGUAGCACGUUCAUUAAAUCCGAAAUCAUGGAUGAAAUGUCCAACCAGAGUCAGACUGACUCAAACAGCACCUGCUUGGAACCCGACUCUUCAGUCACUUCAGAUCGGGAAGCAGGGUUGGGUUCCAUAGAUGUCUGCAUGACGCCGGCAGACGACAUUUCGCUGAGGGUGGAAGAAGAGACGGAUAAGUCGAACUCGGAUUCACGGCUAACUGAAACGGAGGAUUUGUUGCCGGUUGAUACCACUUUAGUGAAGAGUGAAUCUGGCAAGCCUGCCGUGAUGAAGAGGAGGUUCUCCCCAGGUCGACCUCGAGUCAAACAGGGCCAAUAUCAUCUCGAAGGCGGUGACUAUUUCUACAAACUCCAGGGUCGUUGCAACAGUUUUCCUGGUAAAAAGCGACCCCGUGGAGGUGGAGGAGGGCAUGUCGGGCGGGGGCGAGGACGAUCACGGCUGAAGUCUGUAUCUGGAAUCUUGGAGUCUUUAGGGUCCACAGGGCCAGAUACAUCUCCUAGUAAGGAGGACGAUGAUGAUGACGAUACAAUGCACAACACAGUGGUUCUCUUCUCCACCGAAGAUAAAUUCAUUCUUCUACAGGAUAUGUGUGUGGUGUGUGGGAGCUUUGGACGAGGGGUGGAGGGACAGCUGCUAGCCUGUUCACAGUGUGGACAGUGCUAUCACCCCUAUUGCGUCAACAGUAAGAUCACUAAAGUGAUGUUGAGUAAGGGCUGGCGCUGCUUGGAGUGCAUUGUGUGUGAAGCUUGCGGAAAAGCCUCUGAUCCUGCUCGCCUGUUGCUGUGUGACGACUGCGAUAUCAGCUACCACACGUACUGUCUAGACCCACCAUUGCAAACUGUGCCAAAGGGUGGUUGGAAAUGCAAGUGGUGUGUUUGCUGUAUGCAGUGUGGGGCCACAACCCCUGGGUUUCACUGCGAGUGGCAGAACAACUACACUCACUGUGCACCCUGUGGCAGCCUCGUCACUUGCCCGAGCUGCAACGAAGACUAUGAAGAAGAAGACCUCCUCAUACAGUGUUGCCAUUGUGAUCGGUGGGUCCAUGCGAUCUGCGAAAAUCUCUUCACGGAAGACGAAGUGGAGCUAGCAGCAGACGAGGGCUUUGAUUGUACGAUGUGUGAGCCCUAUGUCAUUCGGCCAGUUGUUCGAAGCGAAUCCCCCAUCGUUGCACCUAUUGUUAAAGUGAAGGAGCCAGAUGUGAUUUCUCCAUACGUAGAGCCACGGUUUUAUAACCAGGACGGGGUGUGGCUGACCGAGCUGGGCAUGUCGCAGUUCCGUAGCCUUGUACUUUCUCCACCACACAAAAAGGGUCCAAAGCCCAAACUGAGGAACAAGCUGCCGAUUCCAUGCUGUGAGACUGCGCUGCUCAGCACCGAGUGCCCAGCUGUCGAAAUUAAGAAAGAAGAAGGUGAAGGAGAGGACGAAAAAGCUGCCAUGGAGCCGGGGGAAUGUGACAUAAAACCUGAUGCUCCUGUUAACCAGGAACGAGAAGUGUGCCCAGCAAAUGAUCCUGUCAAAGCCAAUGAGGAAAUGGAGGAAGUGAAAAAGAGAAAGAGGAAGCCCUACAGACCUGGAAUUGGUGGCUUUAUGGUCCGACAGAGGCAAUCCCGGGCAAAGAAUUUGAAUAAAGGUUCUGUGGUACAGGCUGUGAUAAGCACUGAAUGCCCAAAUACAGAGACCAACAAAGAAGAGGGGGCUCAGCCAGAGCUUGCAGUCGAGGGUGUUGGUGAGACGUCUGUGGCAGGAACAGAGUCUGGGGAGAAAGCCAAAAAACGGCAACGCCGAAAGAAAAGCAAGCUAGAGGACUCAUUUCCAGCAUAUCUGCAGGAAGCGUUCUUUGGCAAAUCGCUGCUAGAUAGCAGUCGGAACGUCCGCCUUAGCUCCGAAGGUUUCUCUGAUAAUGAAAAUCCCGAGCCUGCACUUGCUGCAUCUGAAUCAGACCACGCACCUCCCCAGAAGGAGCCAAGUGAUGAAAAACGGAAUGAAGCCCAACAGAAAGCCACGCCCGAUGCCAAGACAAUCCACGGUCCCUAUCCUCGCAACGAAGAUUCAAACACGGACGAGCAGUCCAAAAUGGCAGAAUCUCAGCCAGAUGGGAUGGGUUUCGAUCUCAGUCCUUUCCACGCAGACAGCUCCCUCUCUCCCUUUGCUGGGAUUGACAUCUCAUCUGUUGCGGAUGAGCUUUCAACUGCUCACUCCAGUGAGAGUUCAAAACGAAACCAGCUCUUCAAUGAUGUUCCAAUGGAGGGUGCCCUCAGCUCAGACCUGGACAAGAUUGUAACAGAAGAACUAGCACAGAUGGAGAGUAAAGAUGUACAGGAGCUCUUCACCGAUGUUCUGGGAUCACAAGGAAAUCCUACACUUUCUGGACCUUCACUGAGUAGCAUCAGACCUGUUGCUGAGAGCCACCUUCUCACCUCCCAUGGGCUAGGAGAUCUGAUCAGACCAUCACUAACCCAGCGAGCUCUUCUCUCUGGAGGAGGUGCCGUGGCAGUUGCUUCCUCUCUGGCACAGACAUCAGUCGCAGGGGAGACAUUUUCCAGAGUUUGUCCGUCACCAUUUAUUGACAGCAGGGAGAGGAGUAUUCCGUUUAGCCCUGACAGUGGGGAACAACAGAGCCCAUGGACAACCCCAGCCACUCCAGCUACCCCUACCACUCCAACCACCCCAACCACUCCCACCGAGGGAGAGGGAGAUGGCCUCUCCUACAACCAGCGGAGUAUAUUGAGGUGGGAAAAAGAUGAGGCAUUGGGAGAACUAUCAACCAUAUCACCCGUUCUUUACGCAAACAUCAACUUCCCCAACCUGAAGCAGGAUUACCCAGAUUGGGCUAAUCGCUGUAAGCAGAUCACUAAGAUUUGGAGGAAGGUCCCAGCAACUGAUAAAGCACCAUAUCUUCAAAAGGCCAAAGACAACCGAGCUGCUCAGCGUAUCAACAAGGCACAGAAGCAAGUUGAUAUGCAAGGUCUCAGGCAACCCAAGGUUGAGAAACAAGACAUAAAACUGGAACAAAAACCAUCACUUCAUCUGCAGAUCCUGACUCAGAAUCCUGCUGUGUCCACUCACCCACCAGUGCCAUUAGUGGGAGCGAACUCCGGCCCCUCAAUGGAACUGAGGAAUGAUCCCCUGGGCCAGAAUGUUUCAUUACACAAUAAAUCAUUUACUACCUCUACUAGUGAAUAUGUCAAGCCGCAAUCCGCAAGCUCAACGCCGACAGACCCCAGCGGAGACUUGUUUCCAAAACUGCACGUGCAAUCUCCGGCUAGAAUAGUAACCGAGGACCCUUUCGGACAUCCACUCACACCGCACCCUCAGGAAUCCAGUGUGCAGUCUUCCAGUAAUUCCAGCCAAGUGUCGGCGUGGAACAGCUCGCACCACCAGCCAGGUGUCCUCCGCUCCCCUGUUCCAGGCCGACCGCAACACCUCGGCUCAGCCGAACUGCUGUCCACCGCUCCACCGGGUCUGUCACACCUUCAACACCCGCGCACGACCAAUUCGUUCCUCAAACCCAGAGUGCCUGGUGAUUCAAACGACAGCCACACAGUUGACCAGCCUUUAGGAAGUCCAGGAUUUCGAUCGUCGCAGCCGGCCGACUGCUACACAAACCCCCCGGAGACUCUGGCGAUGUCAUCGCCCCCCGCGGAACAGUUCAGGAGGGCGUCAGACCCGACAGGAGGGGCGCAGCACCCCAGGAACGAACAGUUUGCGGGAGUCAUGCGUCAAGAUUUGAGCGCAAGCUCCCUCGCUUCUCUCUACAGAGCUACGAUGUUGGAUCAGAGUGUGAAUGCCCGGCCGCUGCCUGAAGGAAGGGAUCGAGAUGUCUUCAAAGCACCUUUAAAUCCCAGGGUAUCGUAUGUGGACCAAACUCCCACGAUGCCUGCUCAGCGUUCUCAGGAACUACACCCCCAAACUCAGGGUGUCUCGCCGCAGACUCAGAGCGAUUUGUACCGGCAGUCUCCCUCGACAUCUUAUUCUGAUCCGUAUCAUCAGCCUCCACUGACUCCGCGACCUCAGUCUAGCGAUAGCUGCUCUCCAAUACCUCCCAGAUCUCUUCCAUCCGAUUCCCUCUCCAGGGUACCUAUGAGCCCACAAUCUCAGUGCAGUUCGCCUUUGACGCCCAGACCUCAUUCCAACGAGGCGUUCCCUCAAUCCCCCAUCGCUUCCAGGUUCCAGUCGCCAGACCCCUAUUCCCGGCCGCCAUCCAGAGAUCCCUACGCUCAGCUUCACAAGCCACAGAGACCCCAGAUGGCCGAUGCAAGUUUUAAAACGUCACCGUCACCUCACGGGCAGUCACCUUUAUUUCCUCAGCAUGGCGACCCACAUGCGAAACCCAGCUUUGUGAUGCAGCCUCAGUCUCCAAGGCCUCACCCAUUUGACCAGUGUGCCAAGACGUUUGCAAGUGCUCAGCCUCAGAGCCCGUUUCCUUUCACUUCGUCUCCUGUCGACAUGGCUAAAGAGACGCACUCUCAGCAGUCGGUGUCUCAAAUGCCUCGAACGAGCGAGGGUUUUCCACAGAACCUCCUGACGGGCAGCCAGCUGUUUGCGAGCGACAACCAUUGCCCCCAACUUCCUUCCAACAAUCAGGCGGGAGCCUCGGACUCUGGCACGGCCGUGAUGGACGAGACUUUCACCAACAUGCCGUUAAGGCCACCGUCGGUCAAGCAGGACCCGCUACCUUUACAGGAUUGCUCGCACCAAACUCCCACCAGCAGCCGAUCAGUCAGCGACGCAUCCCCUUCUGAGAGAAGCACCGAGACCUCUGCCCAGGUCCACCCUUCUGCGUCUCCCAGCAGGGACUUGCACGAGCUUCCGUUUAACCGGACAGUGCAACCGGGAACCCUCAGUCAGACCGACUUGGAGAAACAGAGACAGCGACAGAGGUUGCGUCAGUUUUUGAUCCGGCAGCAAAUCCAACGGAAUAACCUGCGGCAAGAGAAGGAGCAGGCUGCUGCAUGUGGGGCAGCGACCAUCACUCCCACUUGGACUCCAGAUGGUUCGAACCAGCCUCACGAACUGAUGACCAGAGCUCCACCACCAUACACCCUUCCACAGGACCGAUCUGGUUUACGAGGCCUGAUCCCUGGCUCUGGAACCGGGAGAUUAGCAAACCCAGUGACGAUAGAGAGGCAGGGAAUAUUUCCUCAGGACGAGAGGCUGUGUCGACCUCCACAGCCAGGACUCUCCUCCACUGGAGACCUACACGCUCCCAGACAACCAGGGGUUGGGGUUGGGAGCCCCCAAGCAUUUCACCCAAGAGGCUUGCCUGCUCCACAGCAGCAACAACACUGGCAAUUGCAGCAGCAAUUAAUACAGAGGCUUCCUGGACAGUCCCGUUUUCAGCAACCCGAAGCUCUGCAUCUCAACAGGCCAACGAUGACCAUGCAAAUCAACAACACAGCUGGGUUUCCCCCAAGGAUCGCCACUCAGAUUACAUUUCAAAGUUCGCCUCAAUAUAUAGAGCUCAGGCAUAAUGCCCAACGAUUACCCAUUGGAGCCCAAUUGGUUCAGCGCAGUCCUCAGGUGAGACCUCGCCUUUCGUUGCCGAAUCAGGAACUCAUCAAUCAGUUUGUUCCUCAAAUCCAGGGAUGUAAGCCGAGGGACCCAGGAACACCUUUACCGCAGUCGCCGAUCACAAUGCCACUCCUGCCCCAACAGAAUAUUGCUGCCUCACUGCCAUCCUCACCUCAUUCAGCAGAGAUAUCAAAUGCACGGCAGCAUGUCCAGGUGAAAGAGCCUUUGGAAUCCACUGUACAACACGAGUCUCCACAGACAUUUCAGUCAUUGUCAUCCACUUCCAGUUGUCACUCAGAUAGCUUAAAGGAUCGUUCGGUGUCUUUUCCGCUUAACUCUCCUCCUCCUCCUCCUCCUAUCUCCAGUGUAGAUAGAGAAAGUUCAGGGUUGGAGCACAGGAAGAUCCCUUGUGAUGAUUCAGUAGAAAAGGUUCUGGAGGAGGAACUAGAUGAAGAAGAUGAUCUGGCUAAUCUGAGCCUCGAUCCAGAUAGCAAGACAGACGAUGAACUCGGUAAUCUUGACAACCUAGAAACCAAUGACCCCCAUCUGGAUGACCUCCUGAAGUGUGAGGAGUUUGACCUGCUGGCUUACACCGACCCUGAGCUAGACACAGGUGAUAAAAAGGAUAUCUUUACAGAGCAGUUGCGUUUAGUGGAGUCUGCCAAUGAGAAAGCGGAGGACCAGGAUAUAUUAAAUGAUCAGAGUGCUAUUGACUCGGCAGAUAAAGGUACAAAUAACGAAGACACCAAAUGUCAUCUGCAAAAGAUCGAGAAGGUAGAGGCACGUGAGGAAGCUAUGACUAAAUCAGAGAGCAUUGCCGAUAAUCUCUCGAAUUCUGAUAAAAUCAGAUGCUCGUCUGUAAACAACGACAAUUCGGACACCAACACCGGGAGUCAGUGCAGUGGCCCACUGAGCAGGGCCCCUUCCGCUGACAAUUCUCCCAAUCCCACUCUGGAUUUGGUGCUGAAGGUUGAAGAGAACCCUGCCAGAAAUUCAACUUGCCAGUUUGCAACAAACGCUUCUACCGGUCAGACCGUUUCUAUAAAAUCAGAAAACGGACCCACAGGGAACAACGAGAGAGGAGGUGCGUCGAUGCUGCUCAAUAUGGAAACCACCCUCAGCGUUUCCACGGCCAGCGUGGCGCUGUGUCAGAACACUCCUUGUACGAGUAGUGGAACACACGUCACCGCUCAAAGUAGUAUAAGCGCUUCAAGCGGUCUUGGGGCUGCAGAGAUUCCAACCAACGGUCAUUCUGCUGUAGAUUUAGAGAACAUGCCUUGUACGUCUUCGGGACAGAUUGUUUCGAAGAACCCAAUGUCUCUCCAGUGUAUGCCAACAAUGGGCAAGUUCGGACUGGACGAGAUAAGCCAGCAUGUGUCCAGCAUGGAGCCCAAACGACGUCCGGUCGAUGAGCUCAUCAAGGUGGAGAGCACCUUGGAAGCCAGUGAGCUUCCACUACUUCUCCACGACCUGUUGGAACAAGAGAAGAUGGAACUACAACAGCAGCAGCAGCAACAACAGGGGGCAUCUCAACGGCUAUCCACUCAACAGCAGCAGCAACAUCCAGGGCAAAAAAGCCACCUUCCUGCCCUACAGCAACAGCUGGAGGUCUCGCACCAACAGGGUCAUCUCGGACUCCCGCAACACCUGCCGACAACACAGCAAUCUCAGCACCUCGAGGGCCAGUCGCAGAACUUAUCCCUGCCACAGCAACGCAUCCUGGGAGUUAUGCAGCACCAUCACCUCGGGAUACCUCAGUCGCAUGGGUCGCAGCAGCUGACUGCUUCGCAGCAGCAGCGGCUCGGAGCUUCACCGCACGUUGUCAUGUCCCAGCAGCAACACGUGGCAACGGGACAACAUCCAGCCCAGCAGAGCCACAUGGCUUCAGCACAAUUGCUGACCACACAGCAGUUGGCCGGGCCACAACAACUCAGUGCUAUGCAGCAGAGCCAACAGCAGCAACAGUUGGCCAGCACUUUCUUCCCAGAAACAGAUCUGGAUAAAUUUACAGCGGAUGACAUUAUGGAUCCCAUCGCCAAGGCCAAAAUGGUGGCAUUAAAGGGAAUUAAGAAGGUUAUGGCACAAGGAAACAUUACUGUAGCACCAGGGAUGCAUAGGCAGCAGGUUUCAUUGUUGGCACAGAGGUUGGCUGGGGCUCCAGGAGCAAAUGAUGCACAGGCUAAAUUGCCACCUGCAAACAGCGAGAUUUCUGUUUGCCAGCAGGAGGCGAGUGGUGACCAGAUGCAGGCCCGACCAAAUCCACCAACCUUUGUCCAAGGCUUCUUCAAUGAAGCAGAGCAUCGUCAGUAUGAAGAAUGGCUUCUCCAUACGCAACAGCUGCUUCAGAUGCAACUGAAAUUUCUGGAGGAGCAAAUUGGUGUCCACAGGAAGUCCAGGAAGGCGCUGUGUGCCAAGCAGCGGACUGCCAAGAAGGCUGGCCGCGAGUUUCCUGAGGCGGAUGCUGAAAAACUCAAACGGGUGACAGAACAGCAAAGCAAAAUUCAGAAACAACUGGAUCAGGUCCGUAAACAACAAAAGGAGCAUACAAACCUUAUGACCGAGUAUCGGAACAAACAGCAGCAGAAAUGUUCCCUUUCUCCCUCGGGGAUGAUAGCUGCCAGUUCAUCCCAGAGUCCAAGGGUAAUGCCCAAACUUGCGACUCCCAUGUUAUCAGCAGCUUUGGCCCAGCAAGGCGGAAUCCUAGGACCCCAGGCAAUAGCACAGCAACCAAAUACACUGAUGGGACACUCAGGAAAUUUACGAAUGCCACAGAUAGGACCUACCUUAUCAGUUCAGCAGGGACAACCUUUCUUGACCUCACCCGUGACCCAGCAACAAGAAUAUCCUUCUGCCUCUGGAAGUGUACCCACCGCCCCUUCACCCAGUUUUUUCCCGGGAAACUCGACCGCUCAGACGCUUCCGGCCGACAACCGAUUCCUGCAAGAGCGGCAACUUCAGCUGCAACAGCAAAGAAUGCAACAGCAAGGGCUUGUGGGGCCACCUCCGCAGCAGGGCCUCAUGGGGAAGAUCCAGCAGCAGAGCAUGUUAGGACAGCUUCAGUCGACGCCUCAGCAAGGUGUCGUGGGUAACCCGCAGGGUGCCAUGGGUCAACAGCAGCAAGGCUUCAUUGGACAACAGCAAGGCAUCAUGGUUCAACCUCAACAGCAGCAGCAGCAGCAGCAACAACAACAACAACAACUGCUCCAGCAGCACAGCAAUCUGGGUCAGGCGCAACCGCCCCCCACUCCACAGCACCAGCAGAGCAUGUCAUCCCAACAGCAGCAUUUAAGGCUGUUGAGCCAACAACAGGUUGGUCAACAGCAAAGCCUUGUGGGACACCUGCAGGCCAGCCAGCAGGGUCUCGUGGGUCAGCCGAAGCCUCUACGGCCCCAGCAAAGUCUUAUGGGCCAGCAGCUGAGCCACCAGCAAGGGCUCGCUUCUCAACAGCAGCAGCAACAACAACAGCAGCAGCAGCAGCAGCAGAAUCUGGUAUUGCAUCAACAGCAACAGGCGCCCGGUGGGCCCUUGCAGCAACAAGGAGGCCUUAUGGGACACCAGCAGGUAGCCGUUUCGCAGGGUCAACAGCAGCUGGGACCGAUGAUGCCAUUGCAACAGCAGCACUUGCAGGCCAUUUCCGGACAGCUGCACCCGCAGAGCGUGAUCCGACAGAACAACAUCCUGCGGUUCUCUGCCACUUUCCAAGGCCAGCAGCAAAGUAUGUUGGGGCACCAGCCACGAAUGCAAGGGAUAAUGAGACCCCAAUCGCAGGACGUGAGAGGGCACCUGGCAGCAGCGCAGGGCAUAAUGGGACAACAGCCUUCACUGCAGGUCUUGAGGCACCAAGCGCAGGCCAUGGUGGGGCAGGGGCAGCAACAGCAGGCCCAAGCUCAAGGUGUGGGGCAGCAGCCCGCGCCCCAGGGCACCACAGGACAGUGGCAGCAGUUACAGCCCCAGCUCCAGGGUACGGCUGGGCAGUGGCAGCAACAACAGCCACAGACCCAGCACCAGAACACGAGCGGACAGUGGCAACAGCAGCCGUCCCAAGGUCAGGGUAUGGUGGGCCAGGCUCAGUGGCAGUCACAGGCCCUGGGCACAAUGGGGCAGUGGCAGCAGCAACAACAACAGCAGCAGCAACAACCUCAGGGCAUUGGACAACAGCAGCCGCAGAACACAACUGGUAUGAGGCAACAGCAAAUGCUGCAGGGCCUGAUGGGUCAGGCAGGGCAACAGCAAGGCAUGAUGUCACAGGGACAGGCAGGGCAGCCGCAGGGCAUGAUGGGCCAGGCAGGGCAGCCGCAGGGCAUGAUGGGCCAGGCAGGGCAGCCGCAGGGCAUGAUGGGCCAGGCAGGGCAGCAACAACAGGGCAUGAUGGGCCAGGCAGGGCAGCAACAACAGGGCAUGAUGGGCCAGGCAGGGCAGCAACAACAGGGCAUGAUGGGCCAGGCAGGGCAGCAACAGCAGGGCAUGAUGAGUCAGGCAGGGCAACAGCAGAGCAUGAUGGGACAGGCAGGGCAACAACAGGGCAUGAUGGGACAGGCAGGGCAACAGCAGGGCAUGAUGGGACAGGCAGGGCAACAGCAGGGCAUGAUGGAGCAGGGGCAACCGCAGGCACAGGCUCUAAUGGGGCAAAGGCAGCGGCAAGCACAAGGACAAGGGGCACAAGGACCGCUCCAGUUGCUGUCUCAGGGGCUUGGCGCCCAGCGGCAGUCUCCUGGUAUGGUAGGGCAGAGACAGCGUCCACAAGCUCCAGGCACAGUGGGGGGUCAGCAGCAGCUCUCACCGCAGACUCCAGGCAUGUUGGGAGGGCAGCAGCAGCCAUCACCGCAGAUUCCAGGCACGGUGGGGCAGGGACACCCACAGGUAUCUCCAGGCACAAUGGGGCAAGGGCAUGCACAGCAGUCUCCAGGCCCGAUGGGGCAGGAGGAGCAGCAGCAGCCACCUCCAACCAUGGUGGGGCACGGUCAACAGCAACAGUCCCCCCUGGGACAGGGGCAGAAGCCAACAUCAGGCACCGUGGAGCAAGGGCAACUGCAGCAGUUCCAAGGUGCGGUGGAGCAGGAGCCAUUACCGCCUGCUCAGGGUAUCAUGGUGCAAGACUGUCAACAGCCACCACUUCACGGUGCGCUAGCACAGGGGCAACAGCAGAACGUGCUUGGAGAGCAACCACAGCAGAAUGUACACGGACAGGGGCAACAGCAGAACAUGUUGGCACAGGGGUCGCAGCAGAAUACGCUCACACAAGGGCAACAGGGGCUGCCCAAGAGCGUGGUUGGGCUGGCUCAGCCGCAGGGCGUGAUUUAUCAGAAUCUGCACGGCAGACCGGGAUCCUCAAUGCAGCAGUUGGUGCAGCAGGCCAUUGUAGGGCAGCAGCGGUUUGUGAAUCAGCAAGGCCAGCUGAUGAGGUACGCCGUGCCAUCACAGCAGCAAGGUGGCGCUGACCUGCAGGGCGUGCUUCGAGUCGCAAGCUCUCAGCAACAGGGGAUCUUGGGGGAUCUGAGGCAAGGAGUUCCCAACAUCAUGAACCAACAUCCUUUCCAACAGCGUUCAGUUCACAUCACAGGCCAGAAGAUUGGCUUGGGUCAACUGCGCCCCGGCAUGGUCUAUGUGCAGCAGGUACAGACCGAACAAGGAGGGCAAACGCAAGAUCCAAACAACGCUCUUCAGAAUAAACGACCAAGACAAAGCAUGGGGUCAGUGAGUGACCUGGUGUCCGCCCAGGCUUGCUGCAGCCCCUCGCCAAUGCAACACCUAGAGUUAAAUAAAUCCAUUUACAAUAGCCCUUGCUCGAUAGACCCGCAAAAGGUGCCUGAGUUGAAGUCGGAUAUGCUGGCGAUGAAGUCACAAGGGAUGACUGGAAAAGCAAGUCCUGAGACAGGACCAGCCAAAAUGAAUACCGAGACCCAUGAACAAAAUGAUUUGAGGAGAACGUCCUCGUUUGAUUUCCCUCUAUCCCCCCCAGUUCCUCUAGCAAAGGAGGAAGGUCCUGGACAGAGAUCAGAAGCAUUGUUUCAUCAAACCAAUGGUGAGGGUGAAGGUAUGCAGAAAAUAAUGGGACAGGAGAUGAGCUCUUCCAAGUUCCAGGAUGGCUGUCAUAAAAGUGUUAACUUGGCAGCUGCAGGUCACAUAAUCAAACAGGAAAACGUUGAGACAGUUCACUGCGGACAUCUAGAAGGAAGUGUUAAGCACGAGUCAAAUGUGGAAGCGUUUAAUGUGGCCUUGACUUUAGGGAAUCAGCCUUCUGCUCCCAGGUCUGAAGCUGGGCAACUGCUUCUCCAGAAACUUUUACGCACGAAGAACUUACAGUUGCUGGCACAACGUUCAGGAGAUGCAACGCAUUUAGCUGUGAAAAGUCACAUUGACAGCAAAGGUGUGAUGGUAGAACGGAAACCGCAAGGCACCACUGGAAAUUCAGAGGUAAAGGAAUUUCAGGACAUGAGCAAGAAAAACUUUGGCCAAAAAUCCAAACGGACUCAGAAAGCAGUCGAACGUGGCGGAAACUCACGAAAGAAGAGUAAAAAAGAUGAUGGAAUAAAAAGUACAGAUGCCCUGAUGAAGCAGUUACAACAGCAACUGUCUCUUCUUCCGCUCGUGGAACCCACCAUAGAGGUCAACUUUGGUAUCUUUCCUCCUUUUGGGAGCGGUCCGUUCAACAACAAGAACCAGCUAAAAGGGUCCUUUGGGAAUGCAGUGCUAGACAGCGUUCCAGAUUACUACUCACAGCUUCUCUACAAGCAGAACAAUCUGAGUAACCCACCGACCCCACCCUCCUCGCUGCCUCCCACCCCUCCUCCCUCUGUCCAGCAGAAACUGGUGAACGGAUUGGCCACAUCUGAGGAACUGACCGAAGAGCAGAAAGAACUCGAGGGACAGAAAGGUCUGCUGACGACAGAAUUAAAGAACAUGGAUAUGUUGGCUUCCUUACCCACACCACCGCAUAACUUAAAUGAGGAACUAAGUAGAACAGAGAUGGAUGAAGACCGAGACACUCCGGACAGCUUUGUACCGGCAUCCUCACCGGAGAGUGUGCUCGGUCAGGAAACCUCCAGGUUUCCCUUGCUCACGGAAAUCAAGGAAGAGCCAAUAGAUCGUGAGCUGUCUCCAGUCAUUCCCAUUAUUCCAGGAGCACGCAUCCCAGUAUUUCCUGAUGCAAAGCCAUUUAUAAAUCCAGACCCAUUUGUACAGAUGACUGAGAAGGGUGCGUCUUACUCUGGCCCGUGGGAGAGUGUGAAAGGAAACCAAGUUGCGGUCACACUCACGCUCUCUGCAACCGCUGCCAAGGAUAUAAACAGUAUGAUGACGGCUUUUGCACAGUUGCUCCAGAUGAAGAUUCCUUGUUCUUAUGAAGUUACUGCAGUCCAAGACGCUCCAUGCUGUCUGCUGCCUGUUGGGAAAAAAUCCACAUUGGAAAUGCCCAGUCAAGUGGUGGGCUCCAAAGAGGAACCAAUGGAUUUAGGGAAACUAAUGCAAGAAAAGCACAACUGGUUUAAACAGUACGAUGUCACGUUGCCAGGUUCGAGCCUGAAGAAACCUGUGGAGGAAAUGUCCACUGCUACCCUGGAAACUCCUACAGGUUGUCCAACUAAAGAAGAAAGAGUUGCACAUCAUUACAGCAACAACAUGUCCGUCCUAGUCGUCCACCAGCUACCCAUUAUGCAGCCCGAGAGCUCUCCCCCUUCAUCUCCGAGCGUAUCCUCCCCUUCAACCCCGGCAGAACUGUGCAAACCCGACCUGCCCAUGGAGUCACCGAAGGUAAAACAUCCGUUGCCUCUGGACGAAAAAGAAGCCGAGGAGCCUCAGCCGCGGGUGAAGAGGUGGCGGGGAAUCCGUUGGAAACGUUUAGAAUUUAAAGUCACGUUUCAGAAAGGCAAAUUCAAACACAUCGCUCAACACGAAAUCGAGGCUCUCCUCCAGAAACUGGGAACAGCGCUGAAACCAGACCCCAUGCCCCGAGACACUCGGAAGUGUUGCUUUUGUCAUGACGAUGCUGACGGAGUCACAGACGGACCUGGGCGACUCUUGAACCUUGACCUGGAUUUGUGGGUCCACCUGAACUGCGCCCUGUGGUCCUCUGAGGUGUACGAGACUCAGGCGGGUGCCCUGAUCAACGUGGAGAUUGCUUUCCACCGAGGACUCACCACCAAGUGUGCUUUCUGUCAGAAGACCGGAGCCACGACAGGCUGCCAUCGAAUCCGUUGCCCCAACACCUACCAUUUCUCAUGCGCCAUCCGUGCCCGGUGUAUGUUUUUUAAGGACAAGACCAUGCUGUGCAGUCAGCACAAAUUGAAAGGAACGAACGAGCAGGAAAUUAAAUGCUUCGCUGUUUACCGACGCGUUUACAUCCAGAGGGACGAGGUGAAGCAGAUUGCCAGCAUCGUGCAGCGGGGCAAACGCAGUCACAUGUUCAGGGUCGGUGGGCUGAUCUUCCACACCAUCGGCCAGUUACUCCCCCAUCAGAUGCAGGAGUUCCACAGUGUGGCAGCCCUCUAUCCAAUUGGUUACGAAGCAACUCGUAUUUAUUGGAGCAUGCGAUACACGAACAAGCGCUGCUGUUACCACUGCACCAUCAAUGACAUCAAUGGGAAACCAGAGUUUGGCAUCCAGGUCAUUGAACACGGCCAUGAGGAUGUCAUUGUAACCGAUUGGACUCCACAAGGUGUUUGGAGUAGAAUUCUCGAGCCGGUUGUGCAACUGCGGAAAGAAGCCGAGAUGUUGCGACUCUUUCCGGAUUAUAUAAAGGGAGAGGAUAUGUUUGGACUGACAAUCCACGCUGUCCUCAGGAUUGCAGAGUCGCUGCCAGGUGUAGAGAGCUGUCAGAAUUACAUAUUCCGAUACGGUCGUCACCCACUUAUGGAGCUCCCACUGGCUGUGAAUCCAACUGGCUGUGCCCGAUCUGAACCGAAAAUAAUGACUCACUACAAACGCCCACACACUUUGAACAGCACGAGCACUUCGAAAGCGUUUCAGAGUACGGUAACUGGAGAGAUCAACACCCCCUACAGCAAGCAGUUUGUCCAUUCCAAAUCCUCACAGUAUCGGCGGCUGAAAACUGAGUGGAAGAACAAUGUUUACCUGGCACGAUCUCGAAUCCAGGGCCUGGGUCUGUAUGCAGCCAAAGACCUUGAGAAGCACACAAUGGUGAUUGAGUAUAUUGGGACAAUCAUUCGCAAUGAGGUUGCAAAUCGCAGGGAGAAACUAUACGAGACUCAGAAUCGAGGUGUUUACAUGUUUCGGAUUAAUAAUGAACAUGUGAUUGACGCUACAUUAACUGGAGGCCCGGCCAGGUACAUCAAUCAUUCCUGUGCCCCCAACUGUGUGGCUGAGGUUGUGACCUUUGACAAGGAGGACAAAAUAAUCAUCAUCUCAAGCAGGCGAAUUCCAAAAGGAGAGGAACUGACUUAUGACUAUAAGUUUGAUUUUGAAGAUGAUCAGCACAAGAUUCCAUGUCACUGUGGAGCCCUCAACUGCAGGAAGUGGAUGAACUAAACUGGUCAGAACGACGACUUCUGCUACUUCAGGAUUCUGGACUUAGCGUCCGUCUGCUGUGGUCAGAGAUAUCAGCACAAUGUCUGUCAGUUGAAUGACCACAAAGAUGGGAAAAGUUUCACUACUUUCACAAAGAAGCCCAGUGUGGAAAAUAUUGACCACAUUUCAUGUUGAGAAGAAUAUCUGUAGUUGAGAGUUAGCGUAGACACCUUACAGAUCUCAAACGUGCAGAAGCUUUAACAAUGUUUAGUGAAUAAUGUGAGUGACUGAACAGGCAUUCAGACCUACUACAAUACACAGGCAACGUGCUUCUGGGCAAGCCUGAACGUAAUGUGAUUUUUGACUCGGUCUGCGAUCCCUUUUGAGAGAAUAUCUCAGUUAGGCAGACCUUUUCGGAUAGGACUUAACCUUAAGAGCAGGUUUUUAUUAUUUCUUCACUCCAAACGUAAAAAAAGUCCAGCCAAAGGGAGGGGUGGGGGGAAGGUGAGAUUUGGGAUGCCAGAGUUCUUGACUGUGCUGGAAAAAGUCUCUUGACUUUAGACAGAGGUUGGUGGAUCUGAAGGUCAAAGGGAACCAGGGUGGGGUGGGGAGGGGGGUUGCUUCCUCUGAUAAUGCGGGUAUGAUUAUGCGGGUAUACUUAAGAAAAUGCAGAUUUGUUCUUUUUUGGGAGUUUGCUUAUGAAUAGAAGACAGAGAUAUAGUGGGGAAACUCUCUUGAAAUAAAACACUAGAGUUUUAAAGAGUUGGUGCCCCUGGAUGUGAAAAGCAUGACUGCAUUAUAAGUUUGGAUUUCCCAUACAAUUCGCCCUAAGUUUGUGCUGGAGGAUCAGUGUGGGAUUAUCUUGUUUGCAAGGUCUUACAGUCACUUUGGCCGAUAGAGAUGACACUGGGCUUUUCGAGGAGCGAGUAGGUCUAUGUUGCGUGUUCAUUUGGAUCAGUAGAUUGUGGUUUAUUUCCAGGGCAGUUCACUUCAUUGUAAACAAAACCUGGAAGAAUAUAUUAAAAAAAGGCAAUGAAUUAGCUUGGUUGAGACUGAGCAAAGUGCCCAUUCACAUUGGACACCAUGAGAAACGUUCACCUUUUUGCACAUUUUUUGCUUAAAAAAAAAGUUAAAUCUUAACAAAAGAUACCUUUUUGAAUAUAAAGACAAUCUGCGUUAGCGAAGAACUCACUUGGACCAGUUGAAUGGUUUUCCAUUCCAUCCGUCUGCCUGAUUUUUGCAUGAUUGGUGUGACAUUUUCCAUCACUUGUGUUUCAAGGACAGAAGCAAUUGGCACACCAGUCAUUCAGGAUUACCUGGCUGGGAGGAAGGCAGGGCUGGCUAUAAGAUCAAUUCUCAAUCCCAAAUUACUGGUCAAUAGUGUACAGCAUAGUGAAAGGUUGGGUGGCGCUUCAAGACUAAGGCCACCUUGAUCCUGACGAGUCUGUAUUUUCAGGCAAAUGACUAGGGCAUUCAGUUCAACGCACAAACAGACUCUCUGGAAUCUCUCGCAGAGGAGACUUGCACUGAAGGAUUUCUCACCUACUUGAUUCCACGAGUCAUUUUACUGUAGUUUUGUUUCUGUAAUAUAUAUAAAAGUGUGAAUUUUAUUCGGAACAGUAGGGUAAGUCUGGGGUGGGGGAGAUUUUUUUUUUAUUGGCGCGAUUUUGUGAAAGCUGCUGCCCCCACUGCAUCUUCUCCCUGCUGCGACUGUACAAAUGUAAAUACGAAACUUGUAGAGAUCUCCAAAGCAGAAACCACUGGAUCAGAUUCUCAUCCGUACAAAUGAACGGUUGGUAUUGGUGAUAUAAAAUAGCUGCUGGUUGGAUUGAAGCAGGGAAGGCAUUAGCAUGCAACGAGAAGGCUCUAGGUAAGGUAGAUCAUGUUAGAUAAAUCUAAGCUAAUCUUAAAAACGGUGUUUGACUGUUUUUAUAAUAAGAGCUGAUUUCACCCCGUCUCUUCAGCUGACAGGAGUUGGGGUACUUUUUAAUGGAAGAUUAUAAUUUAAAUAAAAAAAAGGGGGCUUUUUAUUUCAUUUUAACUGAAGAUGUCCGCCGAUGUCCCCUUAUGCAUUGUGGGAUUCCCAGUUCCCUGAGCACGACUAUUGGGGAGGUUUAGUCACGUAAUGUAUCGUGUUGGAACAUUCUCAGUUAACAAACAAAGAUGUCCUGUUUGCAGUAAAGCCUUGUUCAUAUUGUUUACACUGAGAUAGGUAUUUUGUGGUGCGUUUUAUCCUUCCAAUUGGGACAAAAAAAAAAGCAGAGAUUUGAGUAUUUUUUAAUGGCAAAGUAAACUUCCAGAAUGAGUUUUUUUUUUUUUUGUUUGUGUUGUGUGCAUUCUGUACAGCAAAUGUCACUGGUAAUGAAUUAAAAUUAUCCUUUUUUAUUGUAUGUGGCAUGUUUUUUUUGUACUGGACAUAAGUUGAAUUGUAUAUAAUUUAUGUUGAAGAAGCAAGAUGUUUCUUGCUGCUUCAUGUAUUAAAUCUCCUGCAGGAAUAAGCUUAUUCUGUACAUCCUUGGUACAUGUAGAGACCGUUAUGAUCAUGUUGGUUAGAUUGUACAAACCUUUUUUUAAAUACAAAUGUAGCAUCUUUGCAUUACUGUAUGAUAAAUAGGGACAUCUGUUCCUACAGAGGUGAAUUUACUGCAUUAAAACUGUUUGAAAUAAAAAAAAA